CCCCCCAAAAUAGUCCUCUGUACUCUCUCUGUACCUCAUUUCGAUUUGUACAUACCUAUUUCACGACCCUCACGAUAACCCGGUUCACUUUAAUUUUUAACGGCUGCCAUCCAGCAUUGCAUUUACCACCCACGCUUCCUUGACACAUCAAACAUCCGAUCUCCGUGCGCGCGCCAAUUCCCUCCUCUGGUGUCGGGCAAUCAAAUCCAGUGUGACGGCUUGUAAACAUACUACUUACUAUAUUGACUGGAUUUCAUCGAUUUGUGCAACCAGGAACAAAAUCAGCUUCUCUGGUUACAUUCAACUGCUUGUUGUUUGGACGCUCUUCUCUUCACCUCGGGUCAUCCAUCGAAAUUCGGUUUGCGUGUGAGAGCGAGAAGAAAAUAAGGGUCAAGGGCGAAGGUUGAUUUUUUGAUUGUUUAAUUCCAGCGGAGUGAAUCAAACUUUGAAGAGAGGUUGGGGUGCCUUUAUUGUCAUUCCGACCUUUUUAUCUUAUUUCACCGCAACGACGCUCGUUUUCCUACUCCCAAGCUCGAAUGGAGUCCAAUUUGCAAAGAAUCCGGGCGGAAGCUGGAGCUCAGUUAGAGGGACAAGCUACCCAGCAUGAUUCUAUGGUCACAGUGCGGCUAUCCGAACCGCCAAUUCUGACACUCGAUACGAAAAGACAUUCCGAUAAGAUCAUUACAAAUGAGGAACUGGACACGAGCGAAGCGAUAAAUACUCCUACCGACAGAAGGCAGACGAUAAUGAGUAUAAUGGAUGUAACAAGGAAGGAAACGGGAUCGGAAACUCGCACACAAGAAGACUCACCGAGAAUUACCAUGGUAGACCCUAAUGGGAAUGAGGUGCCCACACCUACAGGUUCGGAAUCUGCAGAAUCGGAACGAAAUGGCUCGAGGAGGGGGAGUGAUAGCUCCGACACUUCGGUGGAAGAGGUCAAUUGGGAAGAAUUAGAGAAGACUGAGGAACAACAACCGAGGAAUCAGGAUUCCGACGAUGUGAGGCUAUGAAAGACGCGUAAACUCUUCCAUUACUGACGUGUUGUAGGGCACUGCUUUACUGCUAGCCAGGCUUGAGCAAGAAAAUAAUGCCAUCGCCUCGAAUCCGAAGUCCGGCAUUGCAAAAGUUCAGAAGGUUGAGAAACAACGAGCUCGGGCUCAAUCCAGACCACCAUCCAUACAACAUCUCAAGAAAUUAGUCAAUGGCCCUACACCUUCAGCCCUUCGAUAUUCCGUCACCCCUCCACCUCCUAUGACCGACCUUGAAUUCUACGCUGCACUUGUACAAGAUUACCCAAGGACUGCUCAAUAUUUGCCAACGUUAUUGUCGAAGAAGAUCAGGAGUGGUAUACCUCCGCCAUUGCGAGGCGUAGUUUGGCAGAGUAUGUCUGGAGCUCGCGAUAGACUAUUGGAGGAACAGUUUGAUAGACUUUGCGGCGAGUCAAGUCCAUAUGAGGGAAUUAUUGGAAAGGAUUUAGGGCGAAGCUUCCCUGGAGUAGAAAUGUUUCGUGAUCCGGAGGGUGAUGGACAGCGUAUGUUGGGGAGAGUUCUGAAAUGCUUCAGUUUAUACGAUCAUAAGAUUGGAUACUGCCAAGGCUUGGGCUUUCUUGUCGGUCCUUUGUUGAUGCACAUGGGUGAUAAACAAGCCUUUUGUGUACUAGUACGGUAUGUUACCAGUUAUGCACACAUCUCAACGUCUACUAAUGAUAUGCAGACUCAUGGAACAUUAUGACCUUCGAAAUUGCUUCUUGCCUGAUCUUGCAGGUCUACACGUUCGAAUACACCAAUUUCGAGAAUUGUUAAAAUUACAUCUACCAGCCCUAUCAGCGCAUUUAGAUUUGUUGGGGGUCGAACCUGCAUACGUUUCCCAGUGGUUUCUAUCAUUCUUUGCUACUACUUGCCCAUUGCCGAUGCUUUUUCGAAUCUACGAUGUCAUAUUUGCCGAAGGUGCUUCAGAGACCAUCAUGCGAGUUGCACUUUCAUUGAUGAGAAAGAAUGAAACCAAGAUCUUGUCUUGUACAGAAUUUGAGGACGUGAUGCAAUUACUUCUGUCCAGGGGUUUAUGGGAUGUUUAUCAUUACAAUGCUGAUGAAUUCGUAAAUGAUUUCGUUAGUCUCACGGGGAUUGUGACACACGAAAGCCUUCAAAACUUAGAAGCGAGCUAUAGGGAGUCUCAAAUUGUUGAUACUGCUAUUCCAUCUGAUGUAGGUUCAGCAGCUUCACGAUUCCUUGGACGAUUAUGGGCUGGCUCAAAUUCGUCCACGAGAUCGGCGAAUCUCACCCCCAGUCCAGGACUUAGCGCUCCAUCACGUCCCGUCAGCUUCUUGAGAAGAUCACCGUCGAAGCAAAGUUUAGCUUCUACGUUAUAUUCGAUGGAAGGUGGCAGCGGAUCAGAGAGUAUGCUUAGCACUUCAACGGACGCGACGAGCGUUUCUCGAGAAUCGGCCAAUCCCGAUAAUGCUUCAAUGCGAGUUCAAUCUUUUGCCAGUGUCAGUGCUUCAAAAACUCCAGUUAACAAGGAUAGAAAUUUGCAUAGUCAAAUUGAAGAUCUCUUGAUGGCCCUCAGUGAGAUGCAACGAGAUCAUGCUAUACUUGCUACAGAAUUGCAAAGGGAGAGGGAGGAACGCGAAGAAGACAGGAAUGCUGUGCAACCACUGCUUCGUGCGUUGAGGAAGAGAGCGGCAGCGGGAACUGUGGAAGGCUCAGAAAGUGAUUUUAGUGAUGAGACAGUCAAAAUGGGCGUAAUUGCAGAAGAAGUAAAUCCAAGUGAGGUCACCGAGGCUGGAAAUGCUACGGCAUCCGAGGUCGCUGACGGGUCGGAAAUGGAAGGAGUACCUACUUCAUCUACCAAUACCGAGGAUCUUUCUUGUCUACUUGAUAUUGUAGAAGAUCGUUUUCAGAAUCCUAUCGAAAAUCGGGGAGCUUCUAUGUUAUUGACGAGAUCUCAACUUCGAGAUGAACUCAGUCGAUCAAAAGAACAGCUCGUCAUCGAAACAUCAAAGUCCCAGGAGUUUAUCAGGCGUAUUGCUGAACAAGACCAAGAAAUCAGUAAUUUACGAGAUCAAAUCAGAGAAACCCAAGCCCAUGUUCGAAAUUCACAUCAAGAUAGACAAAGAUUGGAGAAACAGGUUUAUGAUUUGAGGAAUUCCAGGAAGAGUGCACAGUCACCUUUGGGGGAUCAUGAUAUUGAAUGGGGCGUUAAGAGUUCGGCCACAGGAGGACUUAGAGAACUUAAACUUGUUCGGUCAAACUCCCAACGUUCGGUGGCUACAACUUACAAUAAACGAAGUUCAAGCCUCAUAUCUCAUCCACCAAAUUUCAAAGAAAACGAAAAUCCACGCGCCUCUACAUUCUUUGAACAGCAGCGUUCUUCCAAGCACGAUGUAGAUUCUGAUUCAUUGGUUCUUGAACUUGUACAAGCAAAGACAGCCGAAGCAGUUGCUAAACAAGAAGCAGAGGAGGCUAAACUUAAAUUGGAGAGCUUGAAGAAAAUGUUGGCUGGGUUACAGAAUUCUGAGGUUCCACCAACAGUGUUUGGGCAUAAAUCGAAUCUUAGUCUUGACAAGUCGGCGACAUCGAAGACUUGGAGGAAUACAAUGAUGAAGGCAGAGACACCAAUUGCACCUACCAGUGCACCUGCGGCAGCGGCAGCAACAAGCGGAGGUGGAUUUUGGGGUUGGGGAAAGAAAUCAGCUGCUAGUGCUGAGGGUAAAUAGAUGUAGAGUUUUGGACCGGUUUUGAGAUGUUGGGAUAUGAUAUGUGUGAACUUUGGGAUUGGAAGAAUUGAUGAGAAUGAGUUGAACAAUGCAUGCAGGAGGUCGUUUUGCUAUACGUUUGCUUGUAUUUUGUUUGCCUUUUUUUUUCCCCACGCGAUUUUUUUGACUUUCUAAGCAAAAUACCCAACAAGGCUUGUUGUGCCUUACGUAGAUUAUUACUCUUUUACUCUUGCUCGUUUGAGGAUGUAGUUUUAUUAUUUAUUGGAUUGGAUG